GGCCGCGAACCUUUGGACAUCCACGUCAACCGGCCUCUUCGCUGAACACGGAGCUUUAUCUUCACUCUCUAGUUACGGCUCAAUCGCUCAUAAUGUCAGCCGCUCAGUCCACACAGUCCAAGUCCGGGCCACCAGAGCCCGAGCUCUCGACGUCACCCUCGCCGCCGGCGCCCCCCGCCGAGAGGCUAACCGCCACCAACCAAUUCCUCGGCACCGUCUCCCAGCCGGUAAUCGCGGCCUUCUGCGCCGGCGGCGUGGCAGGCGCGGUGUCGCGCACCGUGGUGUCGCCGCUCGAGCGCCUCAAGAUCCUCUUCCAGAUCCAGAGCGCGGGGCGCGAUGCGUACAAGCUCAGCGUGGGCAAGGGGCUGGCCAAGAUGUGGAAGGAGGAGGGCUGGCGCGGGUUCAUGCGCGGCAACGGCACCAAUUGCAUCCGCAUCGUGCCCUACUCGGCCGUGCAGUUUGGGAGUUACAAUUUCUAUAAACGGCAAUUCUUCGAGCGACACCCCGGGGACAGCCUCACGCCGGUAGCGCGCCUGAUCUGCGGCGGGAUCGCCGGCAUCACGUCCGUCACCUUCACGUACCCGCUCGACAUCGUGCGCACGCGCCUCUCGAUCCAGUCGGCGUCCUUUGCGGAACUCGGCGCGAAGCCGACCAAGCUCCCGGGCAUGUGGCAGACCAUGGUCUCCAUGUACAAGACGGAGGGGGGCGUCAGGGCGCUGUAUCGAGGCAUCGUCCCGACAGUGACGGGCGUUGCGCCAUAUGUCGGCUUGAACUUCAUGACGUAUGAGUUUGUCAGGCAAUACUUGACAUUGGAGGGCGAGGAAAACCCCAGCGCCGUGCGGAAACUAGCCGCUGGCGCCAUCUCGGGCGCCGUGGCGCAAACAUGCACAUACCCAUUCGACGUUCUCCGGCGGCGGUUCCAAAUCAACACCAUGUCCGGCAUGGGAUACCAGUACAAAUCUCUGCCGGAUGCUGUCCGUGUCAUUGUGACGCAAGAAGGCAUCAAGGGUCUUUACAAGGGCAUCAUCCCGAACCUACUGAAGGUGGCGCCGAGUAUGGCGUCUAGCUGGCUGAGCUUUGAGCUCUGCCGCGACUUCCUCGUGAGCCUGAAGCCCGAAGAGGAGACGCUGUUACAAUGAUGCUUCACCAAUAUCCGAAAUUGCAAAGAGUUGAUCGAUCAAGGCAACUUUUUCCGUUCCUCUAGAUGCGCCACUAAUAAACCUAGUUGUACAUACACACCAAACAUCUCUUCCCUUGCUCCGGCUCCCAGCUCCCUAGACUUGUGGACAGCAACCGGGACCAAUUCG